UCAUUAUUAUUAUCUUUAAAUAAUAUUUAUGUAUAUAUUAUUGUUAUUUUCUAGUGCGUACGUGCAGUUCUGAUAUUGCAAUUUUACUCUUACAUCUAUAUGUACCAUCUCAUUUAAUGGUAUAGGUACUGAUCAAUGUUUUCUCUUUCAUUUAGGUUAAACAAUAGAAAUCUUAUACAGCCAAUUUUAAUUAUUAGAACAGGCAUUUCAUUAAAAUUUUGAUAAUGGUUUUAUAAUGGGGCCUAACCGAAAUAAAAGACCUAGCUACAUUUCUACAAGCUCAAAUCUCCUUAUGUCUCAACGAAGUGAUUAUGUUGACUUAUGUCGUAAUAUCAUUCGUGACAUGGAUUUAUAUGGAGUGUGUGUUUUAGACAACUUCUUAGGCUAUGAACGUGGUAUGACUGUUUUAGAUGAAGUACUAAAUUUAUAUAAUAUGGGAGUGUUCAAAGAUGGCCAAUUAGUCAGAAAUAAAGCUAAAAAUAAUUUAAAAACUAUACGUGGUGAUCAAAUAAUAUGGGUUGAUGGUCGAGAGGAUUGUUGUAGAAAUAUUGGACAGUUAAUUAGUGAUGUGGAUGCUGUAGUUAUGGGUUCUAACCAAAUGAAUGAUAAUGGAAAACUAGGAAAUUAUACAAUUAAUGGUAGAACCAAAGCUAUGGUAGCUUGUUACCCAGGUCAUGGGUCUCAUUAUGUAAAACAUGUUGAUAACCCAAACAGAGAUGGUCGAUGUAUUACAGCAAUUUAUUAUUUAAAUAAAGACUGGGAUAUUAAAGAAAAUGGAGGUCUUUUGAGGAUAUUUCCUGAAGGUUGGAGUGAUCAAGUAGCAGACAUUGAACCACUCUUUGAUCGUAUAUUAUUUUUCUGGUCAGAUCGUCGAAAUCCUCAUGAAGUUCAGCCAGCAUUUAAAACGAGGUAUGCAAUAACUUUAUGGUACUUUGAUGGUAAUGAAAAGGAUGAAGCUAGAAGAGAAUACUGUGACUCAAACCAAUCUAGUAUAAGCAGUGUGAAAAACAUAAAUUCAACUCAAUCUUGAGUGUGUCAGCAAUAUCUCACGAUUAUAAUUCUUGAAACUCUGUAACGAUCUUGUUAGUAAAAAUAUUUAUAACUUUGGAAGGUCUGCUGCACAUAGGGAAUUAAAUUUAGACUUGACAUUGUUCCCUGUGAUUAAGCCAAGAUUAUUUCUAAGUAGUUUUUGUUUAGUAAAUUAUAUUUUUUACUUUAUGUAUCUUGCCUUAUAGAGACAACAUUGGAUAUAUUUUUGCAAUUUGUAAAAUUACAUUAUUUUUAGGUAAAAAUUGUAUUUUUCUGAUUUAAUCCUUUUUUAGUAAUUAAAUCAAUAAUGAAACGUCUGAAUAAGCAAAACUAUUUUUACUAAGUUAACUAAAUUUUGUUACCAUCAAGUUUGGCAUUUCUAACUUGGAAUAUAUUUUAAUUUACUAUAUUGUAUAGAACUUUAUACUUUGUG